GUCGCACACACCUGGGCUUAAAACAACUGGCAUCUGAAACCCCUUGGACGUGCUGGAGGCAGCCUAGUCUACCUGCGGAUGUUGUGAAUUAGGAGCUGGCCAAAGAGUGGGAGAGCUCCAGGAUCCCUCUCCAGAAGAGAUUGUGAAGCAUGGCUGCUAAGAAACUAAGAAGAGCACAGUUGUCUCAGGAAAUGUGUGAAAGGCUGAGUCGCUAUCAGAUCACCACCUGUCAGGACUUCUUGUGUCUUUCCCUCUUGGAGCUAAUGAAAGUGACGGGACAGAGCUACUAUGAGGUGCAGAAGCUUCUUUGUAAAGUCAGCCGAGCUUGUGCUCCCAAAAUGCAGACGGCUUAUGAAAUGAAACUAAGGAAGUCUGUCAAUCCUUCUUCGGCCUUUUUAUCCAGCACGCUUCAUGGUUUGGAUAGAGUCCUGCAUGGUGGAGUGCCUUGUGGAUCCCUCACAGAGAUAACUAGCCCACCAGGUUGUGGCAAAACUCAAUUUUGUAUUAUGUUGAGUGUUCUGGCUACGCUGCCUGUAAGCAUGGGAGGACUAGAUGGGGCUGUUAUAUACAUUGACACAGAGUCUGCAUUCAGUGCUGAAAGAUUGAUUGAGAUAGCAGCAAACAGAUUCCCUACUUAUUAUGACUCAGAUGAAAAGCUGCUCUGCAUGACCCGUAGCAUCCACCUGUACCGAGAGCUGACCUGUUGCAGUGUGCUGAAGAGGAUUAUGUCUUUGGAAGAAGAAAUUAUUUUGAAGAAGGUUAAACUUGUAAUAAUUGACUCUGUUGCUUCAGUUGUCAGAAAGGAGUUUGAUACAAAACUCCAGGGCAAUCUGGCAGAGAGAAGUAACUUUUUGACUAAAGGAGCAUCAGUGUUGAAGUAUUUGGCAGAGGAGUUCUCAAUACCAGUUAUCUUGACGAAUCAGAUUACCACAGCGCUGAGCAGUGGCCCCGGGGUCCAGGCAGACCUGGUGUCUCCAGCUGAUGAUUUGUCCCUGUCUGAAGGAUCUUCUGUGAGUGGGAAGAGGGAUUCUGGUUAUGUCACAGCAGCCCUUGGCAACACGUGGAGUCACAGCGUCAACACCAGGCUCAUACUACAAUACCAUGACUUGCCAACAAGACAGCUUCUGGUUGCUAAAUCACCUGUUGCUCCAUUCUCCACAUUUUUCUACACCAUUGAGAAAUCAGGCUUGAUUCUUCAGGGAACUUGCUGUGCUUCCCUGUUUCAACCAGCUACAGCGAGUGAAGUCAUAUUGUUAAAAAGAAGAAUAAAUUUAAAAGAGCUCCAGAUCUACUUGAUUAAGAGUGCAGACCAAAAGGAUCAAACUAAUUUAGUUUGGGAAGGAACCAAUCCUGCCCUGCAACCCAUACGAGUGAGGAACACUGCCUUGAAAGAUACUUCAUAUGAUGCUGCUUUACCCAGCACUACUAGUGAGACUUCAAGAAAUACAUCAAAUCUAUAGAAAGAACAAAUGAAACAUCCCCAAAGACUUGAAUGAAUGAUUACAUUGGUUUUCAAAAAUCUGGUGAAGCAGAGAUUGAACAUUCUUCUUCUUUCGUCUCUUCAAAGACUAACUUUAAAACCGAGUGCUGUUCUUUGUAUAUGUGGGGCCAUACUUAACUCUGAAUUGUGAAAAACCUGUAUUUUGUUUAGGUUAAUUUAAGUGACAUAAUAACAAAAGCCUCUGAACAACAUACUGAAGAAGCAUAGGCCACAUGUGCCUUCCUAAUUCACCUCACCACCUCAUCAAUUUGGAGGAACCAAAGGCCAAGCACAGGAGUGUCCACAGCCCAAAACACAGUGAAAUGUUCACUUAUUUGUUUUUAAGAGAAUGAUAAGCCCAUUCGGUGGCUUGAUUACAAAGCAAUAGUACAGUAAAUACUCCUGUAACUCACUUGGAAAUCAUCAGAGAUGAUGUAAGAGUUACAAAUAGCUGGGCUCUGACUGUUCAGAGUGUUAGGAGAACAGGUAGCAAUCUAAACAGUGGGAAGAUCGAUGUGUAUUACAGCUGCUCAGCUUUCUCUGUCUUCAAAGCACUUUUGAAGUACUCACAACAUGACUGCAAACCACAGACCUGUUUACUCACCUUACAAACUUAGAGAAUGUAUGACUUGCUCAAGGCCACUAAAAGCAUCGCUGGCAGUGCUGUGAUCAGGAUCUGUUCCCAGCUCUCAAGCCUACAGAAAAGCCAUGGGUUCAGUUAGUGCCAGCUGCCACUGAAGUCACCAUUGGCCUGAGAGGCUGGCUCUGUCCUCUGCCAUCAGAGGGAAAGCCUCCCUGAGCACCCUCUUGAGAAGCAGAGUAACCUGUACAGAAAUAUGAGAGGUCUGAAGUACUGCCGAAGUGGCUGUAGGUAAGCCAGCAAGGAAAUGAGCUGCAGUGAGGCCACCUCGGGCAGCCAGGCAGGCAGGUUGCCAUCUGCUCUUUGCUGGGCAGUCUGGGGGUGACGAGAGAAUUCCUGGGAGCAUGUGGCCCCUACUAAAAAGUACUGCACACCAUUAAGGCUGGCAGUGCCAGAGAUGUGGAACCUGAUGUUGCAUCACUCCCAGCCACCAGGCAGGAUGGCUUGGAGAGGCCAUCUAUCUGCUUGCAUGCCUGCUCACACAGCUUUGGACUCUCUGUAACAAGGAAGUUUCCAUCACAACGAGGAAGCUACUGCAUUUCAAUAAGCUGCUUCUAAAAGUAAUACAUUUCACCCUGGGGAAGAGCAAUUUUCCAGCUUCAGUGUUACUAGUUUUGUGCUUUGAGGAGACCUUUGUAACAUGUACUUUUAAUUCUGUUUUAGCUAAGAUUUAGAUUUUCUUCUUGACAGUGCUGCACUACCAGCCACUCAAACCCUGCUGAACUUGCUUGUAGCCAUUUUAUCUGAGUAUCUUGUAAAUAUUUGGUAGAGCACUCAGACAGAGAAGUGUUUUUUGCUCUUACAGUCACAUGCCUGGUUCCAGGACCUUUAAGAAGGACAAUAGACUGAAGGCAGGGAAAAUUCCACUGAGAUGCAUUCAAGUCUCCAGGGAGCAACUGCACUCUGUUUAGACUAAAAUUUCUCAUUGCUGUCUCUCCCUAUUAAAAAAGAAAAACAUGGAAGGAUUGAGAGGGGAAGCUAGAGGAUUUCAUUAUUAUAAACACCAGAAUGCAAGCAGUUUUCACUCAUUUCUGUCAUAUUGCAGAGCCAUUUGCAGUUGGAGAGGGAGAUAAGCUUUUCAAUGCUCUUUGCAUUACCUGGGAAAUUUCCAUCAAGUUUCAAAAUGUUUUACAAACAUUAAUGAAUUAAAGCUUAAUCCCCUUCUUCUCAUCCCCAUGAAGCAAGUACAGUUUAAAGAGAGGGCUAAUGAGACUAAAAUAGUUGUGCUUUGCUGAGGUCACAGGGGCAGCGUGGUAACAGAACUUGUGUCUUUGAGUCCCAGCUUUCUUACACCAAAAACAACACACAUUCCCUCCCUUUCCAAGACUUGCUGUAUUUCCUUCCUAAGAUAUAGUGGAAACAUGUUGGCAUCACACCUUGAGACAACCUUGGGUUUUCCCUCUUGCUCACGACUGCUGUCCCAUGGAAUUAAGAUGUUGAAAAGAUCAAAGAGGGAUGUGAGGUGGGGAAAAAAAGAUCAAGUCACUGCUCUAUCUGCCUUGAGCAUGCUCUGCCUCCAUUGCUGCCAGUGGAGUUGGUGUUCUGUUGGGAGCAACCUCAAACAUGUUUGUAUGUACUUCCAUAUAAUAUUCAGGCAGCACUGUGGUAAAAAUCAUCAUUAACAAGAGAGCUUGGCUGACAAGAAAAUUGGACAGAUGAGCCAAUAAGUCACUCCUGUAUUGAAUAGAUGUAAUUUCAUUAUCCUUCUGUAUGUGACCUGCAUUUCUUACUGCUUCUUAUUAUUAGCAUCCUGUAACUACAGCCGCAGCCAUCUCUUUCACCUCCUCAGAAGAGAGGGAUAAUCCAUCAGCCAGUUCUUCUCCAGCAGUAUGAGUGAGAUUUUUACCAGAGGGAUUAAUGGUUAGUUGAAGAGAGUUGUUCGUAACAGGGCCAAGCAAAAAGCAACGUGCAUGAGAUGAAGUGGAAGAAAAGGAAACAAAUCUAUAGAUUUAAAGCUCUUAAAUUAUUUUCCUCUUAGCUUGCCUCGUUCACACUGAUAGAUAACCAGACAUGCAAAGCUGGAUUUAUAUUGACAGUGACCAGUGUAAGCAGGACUGAGAUCUUCUCAUACUGUGCAAACAAACCUUAAGUCAGUCAGCUACCAAAAGCAGAUCAGUAUGUACCAGCUAUUCCAGUCCUUGUAGAUGAGAGACACUGUGGGAGGAAAAUCAGUCCUCCUGUCUCUCCUGUGACCUUACGACGUAUCCCAGCACUAGAACCUUUGGCCUCUUAACGCUGUUGCCUUUUGUGACAAGGCUCCAGCACUGGUCCUUGUGUAGGCUGCUUCUCUAGCACCCUUCCCUGCAGAGGAUCUGGACUCAGUGCAAAUGCUGUGCACAGUGCUCAUUUCAUUCCCUGCUGAAAGGCAGCCAGGCCUGAGGUGGAACAUGGCAAGCGCCUCGCCGCACCUGGCAACUCCACACAGCUGCUGAAAACAAGCGAGGAAGAAAGCAGUGUACAAAUGCAGGGGAAUUUUCACAUAGGCAGGAUGUAAUUAGCAGAACUGGAAUUUGGCCAGAACACUGGGGUUAAAACACUGGCUUGCAGGUUACACACUGGGAUCUUUCAUAAUUCAAAUGCUCAGGAUCUCCCAUUUCCAUUUUACCUGGAAGAUAUCAGAGGACUGUUCCCUAUUUAGUGGUCAUGGGCAGCUCUCGAACAUCUGACACAAAGGAAGAAGUGUCUAAAUGGUGCUGCACCUGCAGAGCUUGUCUGCCAGCAACUGCCCACCAGGAACAAUAGCUGAAAAGAUCACAUCCUGAUAGGACCACGGCUGCACCACUGUAAAACACACCUCCAUGCCUUGGGGUUCACUUCACCCCUAACUCUCGUUAUUCAGUUUUCAGGUCAAAUCCCUUCCAAACAGAAAGAAAGAUGAUAAAAUUAGGGCAGCACCUUACACACAAAACACAAAAAAGAGACUAUUACCAUUAGAUGCUGCUUCAACCUUAUUUUCUGUCAUUUGAAAUCAUACCAGAUAGCUAUUGGACAACAGAGAAUUUAGAUGGAAGCACUUCUCCCCAGUGUUGAUGAGUGAGCUUUUCCAACUAGCAUUGCUGGUAAUACACUGAGCAUGAAGAGCUUUUGCUGCCUUCUUCCUUCCAGGAGGGAAGUCAUGUUCAAUGUAGCAAAACAUUUUUUUCCACUUCAUGAUCUCACUUUUGGUAAAAGCAAUUUUUCUGUUUACUACAAGCAUGUCCACAAAAGAUCAGCAGAGUCACUCAUGAACCUCACAUGUGUAAAGUCUGCAUGAUGUUUCUACCAUAAUGUGGCCCACAGUCUGAAAUAUAAAUAAUUGCAAAUCUCUAAUCCCUUGUCAGUCAGGCCUGCAGACGUGUCAACUCAAAGAGCUGACUUUCCCUGUGUGGUGCAGUGUGUGCAAGCAAAACAAAGUGUUCCUGCCAUCUGAAAAAGCAUAAUCUCUGCAUCAGUAAGUCAUGAAAAAGGGACCCCUCUUCUGCCUCUGAGGGCUUACCAUGCCAGCCUUUGGUUUACUUGAGGAGGGGGAUGGUUUGUAUGCCCAGGCUGCCAUGGAAGCCCCCUCUGUCAAGUGUUGUUUAAUACAACCACCAACCAAACUUGAUGAGAGUACCUCAGUCAGUGGGACAACAAACCUCCAGCCAGCCUCUCGUGGCAAAAUGCACUGGGGAGAGUAAAGAACGGGCAGCUGCAGGCAACAGGAAAUCCAGCACUAAUAAAUAAAACGUCUUAUAGCCAGAAAGAGGAAAUAAACAGCAGCAGCACAAACUGAGAGGACAGAAGAGAGCAUAACUGUGGCAUGGGAAUCACUGAGUUACAGUGAGCUUAUUUUUACAGAACGUUGUCCCAGUUUGUUAUGUGUUCAGACUGCAAAAAGAGUGGGGGAGUGGGGGGACUGCUCAAAGAGAGGGUCUCUAUCAGAAGUUGUCAACAACCACUGUAAUUAAGGAAGCAGCCAGAGCACACACAACCAGAGCUGCUGCCAAAGUGAAAUGAAAGCAUUUUUUGUUUUCAGCUGUAGCCCCAAAGGAUAAUAAAAGAUGGUUCUACUAUGCCAACUGAGGAGCUUCAGGGACACCAUUUCUAGAUGACCCUCCUCCCAUCUUUCCAAAAUUAUACACUGUUGGGAAGCAGCAAGUUACUGUUCCUAAGUGUGUUUUCAAAGCCCAUGCCUGCACACCCCAUCUGACUGCAGCCACCUGGGAAGGCCAGCCGCAAGACAGGUGGGCCCCCACCCACCAUGGUGACAAUGGAGGUGUCACCAGCUGAGCUCUGCCCUCAGUGGGCUGUUCUGGCACUGCUUGGUUCAGACUGCUGAAGCAGCAACACUGAAUUCUUCUCCCCUUGCCCUCAGCUAUGGGUUUCACCCACAGCAGUGCCACCACCAGUGGGAGCUGCCGCGUUCAGAGGAGCCACACCCCGCUUUCCUCCUGAGGGUAGCUGCAUUUACGGGGCUCACUGGUGUCCUGGCAAGGACCCUCGGUGGCACACCAGCACCGUGCUCUUCCUGCUGCUGACAGCAUAGGUGGCCCAUGCAGCAGCAGGUGGGCUGGGAGAGCCAAAGGGAUGGAUCUUCUCAACCGUGGGAUGUGAGGCUUUCACUGGUGGCUGCAGAAACUGGUGUGCAGGUUCAGCAAGGGGAAAGAAUUAGUUCAGAAAUUGCAUGCGUAUUUCUGAAUUCAUUCAUUGCGUGGCGUUUGCCUUUCAUCCUCCCCCCAGGCUCUGUGUGCAUUGCUGGCAUUCUCUCCCAAUCCUAUAUAAUAAUUCCCAGGCCUCCACAAGCCACUCCGUGCCAAUGGAGCCCACAGUCACUGGCCCGCCAGCCCGGUCACAUGAAAAGUUACAUGUGAAGGUUUAAUGCUUUCUCCUGACCCCAGCCCCUGUUCCUGUGAAUCCCUUGCAGUGUUUUCUUAAUCAGGUGCCAGGGAAGCUUUGCACUGAGCAGGGUGCUAAGAAGGUGGCUGUUUAGCUGCAGCAUUUCCACACUCUGAGCUCUCUCCUGAGCUGUGAAUGCAAGCAGGGGAAGCAGGUCAGUGUUGGAAGAGGCUGCCAUUUAGAGCUGAAGCUGCUUUCCAACCAAAGGCACAUUGUGGUUGCCUCACUUGCUCUGUCCCAGCUGCUGCACUAAUGGUUAAUUUCUUCAGCAGGUAUGGAAAUGACUUCUCAAAGCCUGCAUACAAGGCACACAGCUAUGGCCCAAUAGAAUUUUAGCCUUCGCUGGACAUUGACAAUUUGUCUGUUACUAGGGAGUCAAAAAGAAAAUACAGCUCUUCCUUGACCAAAUUCUAGAUGAUGCAGGUAUUUAGUUCAUCACACAGCUUGUGAAAGUGGUAACAUAUUUACUUUUGUGUCACCCUUAUAUAUGACAUAUCAGAAAAAACACAUGCUUUUGGAGAAUCUCAAAUGGAAGUGAUCUUUUACUAAAUCUGGAUGACAGGCAGAAAUAUUCAAGGGCUGUUUCUGAUGUAUCAGCAGCUACAGUCGUUUCCUGCUAUCAGGGUUUCAUGAGGGAGGGCAUGUAUCUCCUGCAGGAAGAGUUCUUGUCCUCCACCUGAUGUUUUCAUGUAGGAUUUCACACAUGGCAGUGUAUGAUUCAUGCUCAGCUUUUGGAAGCAUGGGAGCUGUGUCUAGCAGUCAGGGCCUAAUGUUCCUCUGGGUUUCAUUCAGACCACAGAAAGACAAGCCAAUUGCACCUUUGUGCCAAACAGUUGUAUAAUCAAACUGAGCAUUUUAUUUCAGUUUUUGUUCUUUUUUUUUUUUAAGGGGAAGGGUCCAGCUUGUUAUGAAUUCCAGUCUAUACUUACAUUUUUGUGGGUUCAAAUGAAAAAACCAGGUAAAGUUUUGAGUUGCAGUCUGUUCACAUUGUUCUGAUUUAAGCUCUAUCAUUAUCAACAUAUCUUUAAAAAAAAAAUCCCCCAAACUGACAGUGUUUUUCAAAUUCUCUGCUUUUCUCAUAAUUUUCAAAACUGUAGUGUAUUCAAAAGUGUAAGCCUGUCCUGCUUGGCUGACUGGCUUGUUUGAUUACUUCUUUAUGUUAUAUUACAUUGUUUCAUUCUUAACUGUAAGCCAUCAAAAUCAUAAAAUCUGAGUUCUAGUCUCAGUUACACUCAAACAUAGCUACUGAAAAGGUUUGUCUAACUUCUUAGUAUAUAUGGCAUAUAACAAACUUUGCUUAAAUUUGUAUUCCCAACUCAAUCCAAACAGGAGUUGAGAAAUCUUGCUUCUCCCAGAUGAGAGCACGCCUGAAUAAUAUAGGAAUUACUUUUCUCACUCAAAAGCAUUAACAAAAUACAUGCAUAAGUACUGGGGUUUAAUCAGCCAGUGCUGUCUCUUUACUUAAAGGAAAAACUUAUUUGUUCCUUUGGGAGAGAUUCAAGCUACCAGUGACAAUGGAGACGGGUCUGAGCACCCAGAUGGUAAGGUAUGUAGAAAAAAGUGUAAGUCAGUGAUGUCUGUGGCUGUAGACAGCUGGCAUUGUCCACCCUGCCACACAACAGCCAGGAGACCAGCAAGGAGGAUUUUCCAUUUCUGGAAAGUGUGGUGAAAUAGGGGAACACAGCGAUCUCCAAAUUGUCUUUCCUUCUAUGAAGUAUUGUCUUCAGGAUACUGCUUGACAUUCAUUCCGUCAAAUAUUUUGACAAUUUGAACAAAUAAGCAGGAAAUGGUUUUGAUUUUUGGCUCCAGUGGGCCAUUUGUGAAGAAGAAUAAGUAGCGCAGCAUGUGCCAUGUCUCUUAAAUACCCUUGUUUGCCAGAAACAUAUGCAGUGUGUUUCCCAGGCUGUGGAAACAGUUAUCAUUUCCAGUCCUCCGAGUCACCCUUCUCUCUCCACACACCAUCCCCAACCCCACAUCGGGCUGGGGUGAAAGGAAGCAUCCCUCUGAAUUACUCUGCUGUUACCUGUUGGUGAGCAGAGGGUGCCUGUGCACAUAACACGUUAUUCUGUGCACGUUUCUGAGAAGGAUUGUGGUUACAGUCACUCCACAGUGGCACAAAAGAGGAGUAGCAAGCCAAGGUGGGGCAUGCACAGGCACCUGAGAGCCAAAGCUGCCCCUCUCUCCACGCUGCUCUGCAGAGCCAGGCGGGUCUGUGAGCGUGCUGCAGCAUGGGGAGAUGCCAGAGGAGCUUUUGUCUGUGCAGUUUAAGUAGUUCGAUUAGCAUUUGGGUCAGAGCACAUGGAGCAGCCCCAGCUGGGGUGGGAGAAGUCACACUGUGAGGCCACACUUGAACGUGGCCACUUUACUGCACCACCCCGGGUACAAAGCCUGCUUGUGUGGGGCACGUCCCGUCGUGCGUCACACUUUGGUUGUCAGUGGCAGCCAUGGGUUGCUGGGGGGUGACACAAUAACCUCUUUAUGCUUAAAAGAAUAGUGGGGGGAAUUGCAGGAGACCAUUGGAAACACUGCAGCAAAGAAGUGGUUUGGCUUUUGUGUGUCCCUCAAGGUAAGGUACCCAGGCAGUCGCUGAGCUGCCUCUGCUGUGCUGGAAGGAGACCAAGCAUCAAGGAUGGAUGCAGGGCUUUGGGUGUCUGGGUGGGAGAAGACUUAAAGAAACACCCAAGGAAGACCCCAUGGUAUCUCUGUGGUAAAAACAUGAUAAAACUGCUUAUUUAGGGUAGAGUUUUACAGCAGCUCACUCUAAAGUCUGGGCUGCUGCAGCCUUGUCUCCCCCACUGUCUUCAACAUAAGAGCAGCCACACAGGGAAUGAGCUCAAAGAGCUGAUCUGUCUGGAAAUUAAACUGUGUUUUUAAUUACCAAAUAAAAGUUUGCUUUACUAGAA